AUGGACGCCGUGUGUCAGCGGCUCCCGCCUGACGUGGCCGGCAUCGAAACGCAGUCAGUGACCGCUCCAGGAGAGCGACGGCAAAAGCUGGAGAGGAUGGGUGAGCACGGGCCUGGUGCCUUGCCCAGCACUCCCGGCAGCAUCCGGGGCUCCGUGCGGCCCGUGCCGCCUGUGCGGGGCGGGGGCCGGCCCGGCGGCCCCGCCAGCACCGGCGGAGAUGGCUCCCUGCCCCGCCGGCACACCCCGCCACCCCCCCACCUCCCCCCGCACAGCGCGGGCGGGGGCGGCGCCCGCUCCCUGUCAGCAGCGCGGCCCGCGCCGCUGCGGCCCUCGCCCCGCCCCGGCGUGGCCCGGCCCGGCCGGCACUCGGUGCCCGCCAUGGCGGGGCUGGAGGAAGGUGGUGCGGAGAAGCCACCAAUGCUGGUGAAAAUCGUGAUGGCCGGGGAGUCCUGCGUGGGGAAGACCUCCAUCGUGCGGAGGUACACGGAGCCUGGCUUGCCGCCUGCCGGGAUUCCCGCCUCCUACCUGGCCACGAUCGGCAUUGAUUUUAAAGUGAAGCCAGUAACAUUUAAUGAUACAAGAGUGAAACUUCAAAUAUGGGAUACAGCUGGCCAGGAACGAUUCCAUACACUUAGUACUAGCUAUUUUCGUGGUGCACAAGGCUUUGUUCUUGUAUAUGACAUCACAAAUCUGGACAGUUUUCAAAGUAUAACAGGCUGGAUGAAAGACAUACAUGAGAAAGCAGGUGAUGAAGUGGACGUAAUACUGUUGGGCAACAAGUGUGAUAAGGAGUCAGAACGUGUAGUUCCAAAACAGAAAGGAGAAAAGCUUGCCUGGGAACAUGGAAUACCCUUUUUUGAAACCAGCGCUAAAGAUAAUGUGAACAUUGAGGAUGCAUUCUCAGUCUUGACUAAGGAAAUACUGGAAAAGAAAUCCUGUGUAUUAUAUGACUUAGAUGUUGUGGCUCUAAAUGAAAGUAAGAAGAGAACCUGCUGUGCAUUCUGAAAUCCUGUUUCUUAUUCCGUUUUCUCUUCAGAAAAUAUUAACUAUUGUGAAGGAACAUACAAGAUUUUAAAAGGGAGUCUGUAAUCCCAAAACACAGUAUUUAGGCAUCCUUUGUAUUACACAAACUUUGUUGCCAAAUGUUUUGAUAUGUUUAUAUUAUAUUUUCAUAUUUUUAAUGUGAAGUUAAAACAAUUGUCUGACUUUGGAAUUAUUAGAUGCAUCACAGGAUGACUGCAUUUGCAUACAAGUGUUUGCAGAAAUGAAAUCUAAGUGUACUAACUUUCUUUUAUUAAAAAAAAAUACCUUGA